GGGGACAACAGUCGCUGGCAACCUCUGACCUCCAGCAGCCUUUCCUCUGGCAGUUUCCACUUCGCUUUUCGUCCAGAAGUCCCGAGUUUUGUCCAGUGCGACUUGUCUGGAUAUGGCUGGAAGCAUCCGAGGGCCCGAACGGAGGAUCGUCCUCGUUGGCAAAACCGGGAACGGGAAAAGUGCCACGGGAAACACAAUUCUGGGAAGCAGCCUCUUUGCAUCUAAGGCAUCGUUUGUUUCAGUAACCAGCAGCUGCCAAAAAGAGGAGGUGCAGUGGAACGGCAGGAAGGUUGUGGUCGUGGACACGCCUGGCUUUCUCGACACAGGGCGUCCAGAGCGUGAAACUGCCAAUGAAGUGAGGAAGUGCGUGAGCUUCUGCUCCCCGGGUCCCCACGUUAUUCUGCAGGUCGUCCGUCCCGGUCGUUUCACCCAGGAGGAGAAGGACGUGGCUCGGCUGAUCAAAGAGAUUUUCAGCCUUAAAGCCAAGGAUUACAUGAUCAUCUUAUUCACCCGCAAAGAGGACCUGGAAGGUGGGUCUCUCGAGCAAUUCAUAAAGGAGGGAGAUUCCUUUCUCAGGGAGCAAGUUUUCCGAUGCGGGGGCCGGUACCUGGCUUUCAACAACAAGGCCGAAGGGGCGGAACAAGAGGCUCAGGUGGCCGAACUGAUGGAGAUGAUCGAUCAGCUGGUGGAAAAGAACAGCCGUGCUCCUUGCUACACGGAAGACAUGCUGAAGGCAGACAAGGAGAACCUCAAGAAGCAAAAAAACUACGCCUGGCUGUGUCCUCUUUUCUAAGGGAGACCAGAAGGCCUCUCUGACUGAGCCUCUGCUCCAAGGCCACAGCCCCACAUUUCCCCACUUUCGCUCUCUGUUCCAGUACGGCCCUCUCCUGGUGGCCUCCCAAGAACCUGAGUCAGAAAUUCGUGGCCGAGUCCCACUGAGCCAAUUCCUUCCCCUAAGAACUCUGGCUUCUCCCCUCGGAUGACCGGACUUUCUUCAGGGGCGCGUGAAGACCCCGACUCUCCACUAUCUGCUGGUGCCACAGCGUAAUUCUCUACCAGCCUGGACACAUGCCCCUUUGAAAGCACGCGCCCGUUUGGGCUUCCCCACCUGUCCACCCUCCGAGGUAGACCAGGCCAGGAAACCAGUGCCACAAGGAAUAGUAGAGCUCUACCUUAUUGAUAGAGAUUACAGGAACAGAAUCUUGAAAGCAUUUCCCCUUCGCUCCCUCUGGUACCAAAGAGACUCAAGGCGGGGCAGCCUUGAGGUUCUCUCACCCCUUCCUGUUCUCCUGGGCAUCCCUAACAGCUGCCAUGUAUUUUCUGCAAGGCUGUCUCUGCACUCUUCUACACCACCUUCCAGUGGCCAACACAUGGACUCACUAGGGGAGGGCAUUUCUGUUUCUACCUGAGAUCUUAUUAAAUCUCCUUUUUACAAAA